UGACUUUCUCACACUGCGAGAUCCUUGGCGCUCCUCACCUCUAUCUCUUAGCUCCGUCUUUUUGUGAUAGCGCCGGUGUGAAUGGUGACCACCAAAUUCCCAGACAGUCUCCAGUUCACCAUCGCAUCCAUUACGCUCUUCCCUUUCUGAUCUCGAUUAGCUUGCGCCCGACACCAUCACACCAUCAUUGCCGGUAAAAACGACCGCAGAAGUGCCGUCCAAUUGAGACCCCAGACAGCCGAAAAGAGCCGCAAGCUGUCGACCAUGCAUUUCCUCUUUUCCUCUGGCAGACAGGCCGGCCGCCUGCUCCGCAAAACCCCAGCAGGAGCGGCAGUGACCUGCAACCAAUUUGCUUCGGGUGCUGCGUUGUUCUCGACCUCACGCGCAGUUGCGGCCAAAAACCAAAUCUACCAGUCUGUUCGUAACCUCGACCAGUUCCAUACUUACCAGCUUCUCUCGUCCUCCUCUCGAACGCCGCUGUUGACGCUGUGGACCACCUCCUAUUGCCCUACAUGCCGAGUAGUGGAGCCCUUGUUGCGCGAGCUCGUCGAAAGCGGAGUCGGUGAAGAAGAGGGCGGCGUUGGCUUUUGCACCGUCGAGUACGAUGCGCCUGAUGUUAUGGGAGCUGGACUGGGCCUUACCUAUAUGAUCAACUCGGUCCCGACCCUGCUGAGUUUUGAUGCCCAGGAGGCGCAGACACAAACCAAGGUCACGGAUGGUCGCCAAUUGGCCAAUCGCAAGUUCUUGGAGGAAUGGAUCAGAAACGAGGCGAAACGGCAUGGAAAUCGCGGAGGAGGCGGGUCUCCUACCAGCAUAUUCAGCGGCCUCUUUGGCAAACUGAAAUAGUAUCCCAGCAAAUCACCAAUGGCAAGUUUCUGCCGAGGCAGAUCACAGCGCACAUCGGAACUGCACAUAAUGAUCGUCGGUCGAUGCACACAACUUCCCCGCAAAUUAAGCUUCGGUCGAGUUGAGCGGCUCCAAAGCACUCGACGACUGCCCUAUAGUGGUAAACUGGUCUACAUACCGGAAUUAACUUCUUGGCCGUAUUUGUUCCCGACGCAACUAAUAGCUCGACUCCGUUGAUCAGAUUCACAUGUCACCUUCAAAGGGCAUAUGUCGAAUAGGCGGGAAUACCCGCUCGUACCAUUAGAUUUGCGCCGAUGGAAAACAGAAACCGAUCAAGAGAACCGCGAAU